CCACUCUCGCACGCUCAUUCAUUUCAUUCCCACGAACUGAAGGAAUUUUAUAUGUCGAGGAAACUCUGCGCAAAUCAAGCAGGCACCUAACGUGCAAUCAUGACCUCCCGAAUGCCUGCGAGUAUUUGUGAUCACCUAACUUAGUUUAAUCAGUUGCAACCACUCUCACAGGCUCCGUCCACUACAUCGAUCCUCUCCACUGCUGCACAACAUCCUCCGAUCCAGAUAAUAGCCUGAUCGAUCGAGCUUGCACUGGCGCUGGCAAUGGCGGCCGCCAAUGGAGGAGGUGGUGACCUGAAGCUGCUGGGCGUGUGGGACAGCCCCUACGUGAACCGGGUGCAGAUCGUGCUCAACCUCAAGGGCCUCAGCUACGAGUACGUCGAGGAGGACCUCCUCCACAAGAGCGCGCUCCUCCUCCAGUCCAACCCCGUGCACGGGAAAGUCCCCGUGCUCAUCCACGGUGGCAGGCCGAUCGCCGAGUCGCAGGUCAUCGUCCAGUACCUCGACGAGGUCUUCGCCGGCGGCCCGCCCGUCCUCCCCGCCGACCCGUACGAGCGCGCCACCGCCCGCUUCUGGGCCGCCUUCGUCGACGACAAGGUGGGUUCGCCGUGGCACACGAUCCUGUUCGCGCGGGAGGCCGAGGAGAAGGCCGGCGCGGCGGCGCGGAUCGUCGCGGCGCUGGAGACGCUGGAGGGCGCGUUCCGGGACUGCUCCUCCCGCGGGAAGGGGGGCGGCUACUUCGGCGGCGACGGCAUCGGGUUCGUGGACGUCGUGCUGGGCAGCUACCUCGGGUGGUUCAAGGUGUUCGAGAAGAUGGUCGGCGUCAGGGUCCUGGACGCGGCGAGGACGCCGCUCCUGGCGGCGUGGGGCGAGCGGUUCGCGGCGGCGGACGCGGCCAGGGACGUCCUUCCGGAUGACGUCGACAAGGUCAUCGACUUCCUGCAGGCCUUCCUGGAUUAGGUUGGGUUAUUUUCAGUGGGCUGUUACUGGGCUUUCUGUGGUUCGAAUGCAUGAAGAGGGGCCCCUGAUUGGACCAAGCUGCGUGAAUAAAUGGAGCCCAGGUUUAAUGUGUGAAUCGGCCUAAACCUGAAUUUCGAAGACUCUGUUCUUGGA